GAAAUCUGCUUCAAGAUGAGUCGGCGCCAUUUACUAUCCCUGCGGUACUGCGAUGAGGAGGUGGUAAACAACGACGAACCCACUGCAGCAGCACCACCGGCAACUCAGCGUAACAGCACCACUGAAUGCCCAAUGAUGCACACCUGGUCCGUGGAUGAACUCAGUCCACCACGAUCAACCACCCCAGCAAUCAACGAAGAUCUCGAAAGACGCCUGGACCUGCCAUCAGCACCAAAAGUGGAUGCAUCCACUGCUGCUACUUCGCCGUACCAUUGCUCAUCAGAAUUGGCACGUUUAAGUGAUGUCAAAGCCGACCCAGUGAUCGAAGUAUUCCGUGCUUCACCGACACCCAAAGCAGCAUUGGGCGCCACUGAAUUUCGUGCCCUCAACUCCUUUGCUUCAACAGAGGCCAUACAAGCGGCGUGCGUCAAAAUCACAACACCCCCUUCGAAUCGUCGGGAUGCCACUCUGACAUCACGCCAAGACGCCGACGCCGUCGUUGCGUUCUCCGACUCGGACGACGAUGACAUCAUCCCAGCGACCCAACGUAUCGUCGGCCCGAUCAGCUCCCAUCCUCGUGUAGCCUCGUCGUCACUACAAUCGCCAGCAGUGCAAUGUCCUUCAUGUGGGAAGGUCCUUACGUUUCUCAACGAACGAGGCCAGCUGCAGCACGUGAAUGCGUGUUUGGACCAGCUCGAACAGUUUGCACACAACAAAGCAACGUCAGCCAGAUCCUCAGCGACUUCUUCGGUCGCUAUAACGCAUAUUGGCCAGUCUGCACCCUCGACGCCUGCCGUCAUGCCCUGCACCGUAUGCGGCGUCGACCUCGUGACCAAAACCUCUUCGCAGCGCGUGAAUCACGUCAAACAAUGCGGUCGCCGGUUUGGCGUGACUCUGCACACGUUGCGCAUUGACGACGACGAAGCCCCUUCGCCGCCCCCCCAAGUCGAUCUCGCCACUAACAAGCCCGCUGUUUCGACCCCGAAUGCCUUCGACAUGCUCAUGAAGAACGCCCAGACGUCGUCCAUGACAGUACCCACGUCGACUAUGGGGAUAUUGCAGCCGCCCCCUCCUUCGUCCAAGAAGCGCAAGCCAUCAGGAGGACAAAGAGGGGGAGGGGCUUGGUCCUUCAAGUCCAAGGAGGGCAUGCCGUGUCCGCAGUACAAACUCAUCGCAGGCUCGUCGAUCGUCGUCGACGGAUUCCAAUAUGCCAAGCCAUCGCUGUCGAAAGUGUACUUUUUAUCGCAUUUCCACUCGGACCAUUACACUGGUCUGUCCAAAUCGUUUUCCGCGGGGGUGAUCUACUGCACGGCCGUGACGGCCAAGUUGGUGCUGCUCUGCCUCGGUGUCAACAAGAAAUAUAUUCAUCCGCUGCCGCUGAAUCAACCGCAUGUGCUGGCCGACCAGCAAGGACAAGUGACGCUCAUCGAAGCCAACCAUUGUCCUGGCGCGGCGCUCUUUUUGUUUCAGCUACGCGGCGGCAAAACGUACUUGCACACAGGCGACUUUCGAUAUGACCCGACCAUGCUCGACAAUCGAUUUCUGAUGCGAUAUGCGCACCAAUCGCCGGCACUGGACGGCGUGUACUUAGACACGACGUAUUGCGAACCACAGCAUUGCCACCCCACUCAAACAGUCGCGAUCGACGAAGCCAAGCGCCUUGUGAAUUUGCACGACGCGGACCGAGCGCUGUUUUUGUUUGGGUCGUACUCGAUAGGCAAAGAGCGGUUGUUUAUGGAUAUUGCUCGGCAUUUACAACGCAAGGUAUACGUCGAGCGAUCCAAGUACUCGCUUCUGUCGUGCUUUGACUGGCCGGACGAAGACAUGGCCAUGGUAACACUCGAGUCGUCUGCGACAAACUUGCAUGUAGUGCCCAUGCGCAGUUUGAACUUUGACGUGAUGGGGGGGCUUCUCACCAAGCACCGGCUGCGCUUCCACAAAGUGAUUGCAUUCCAGCCCACGGGGUGGACGUUUUCAGGCAAAAAGCACAAGCUGUCGUCUACGCGCAUGCAAAUGGACGGCAAGCUCAUCAUCUACGGCAUCCCGUACAGCGAACACUCUAGCUUUGAAGAAUUGUGCGCGUUCGUUACAGCGUUCAAGCCCACGAAGAUCAUCCCCACGGUGAAUUGCGCCAAGUCGCAAAAACAAGUCGACUUGCUGCGCCAAACGUGCUUUCAUAACCUCACCCAUCACUUCAAGUAACGUUAACUAAUAUUAAUGUAC